AUCGGUAAAUCGAUACCUGAGGGCUGAGGCUUCAGGUGAACUAGUUACCAGUGGAUACUUCCAAACCCGGAAAUCCUAGAUCGCGAGUCGUCACUCCGAGGUCUCUCCGAUGGACGGAGCUCCGAUGGACGAUGGAUUCCCGGCGGAGAGGCUAUUCAACCAGGGAUACUCUUAUACGUACAAUGAUGUAAUCUUCCUCCCUCACUACAUCGACUUCCCAACAGAUUCGGUCCAGCUCUCCACCAAACUCAGCCGCAACCUCAACCUCUCCAUCCCCUGCGUCUCCUCCCCAAUGGACACUGUCACUGAGUCCUCUAUGGCUGUUGCCAUGGCAGCCCUUGGUGGCAUCGGCAUCAUUCACUCUAACAACUCCCCAUUCGAUCAAGCCGCCAUCAUCCGCUCCGCCAAGUCUCACCGUAUACCUUUCGUCUCCGAUGUAAUAUUCAAAUCUCCUUCUGAUUCUAUCGAUUCCAUUGGGGAAUUCAGUUCUUCACCUUCGUGUAUUCUGGUUACUGAGUCUGGCACCAGGAAGUCGAAGCUGCUAGGUGUGGUCACAAAAUCUGAUUGGGAAGCAUUGAAUGACAAACAAGCUAGGGUUUCUGACUACAUGGUCAAAUCACCCAUGUCAGCUCCAUCCGACUACGAUUUAGAGCAAGUUACUGCAUUUUUAGCUGCAAAGAAUCUUGAAUUUGUACCUUUGGUGAAUGAGAAAGACGGACAAGUAGUGGAUGUGGUGAGUGCAGCUGACGUAGGCAGAAUUAGGGGGUUUCCAAAGUUGGGAAUGCCGUCGAUGGGGUCAGAUGGCAAGUUCAUGGUGGGAGCGGCAAUUGGAACAAGGGAAUCGGAUAAGGAGAGGUUGGAGCAAUUGGUGAAGGCUGGGGCCGAUGUAGUCGUGUUGGAUAGUUCUCAGGGAAAUUCAAGUUAUCAAAUUGACAUGAUUAAGUACGUCAAGAAGACGUAUCCGGAGUUGGAUGUGAUCGGGGGGAACGUUGUGACAAUUAAUCAAGCAUGCAACUUGAUUCAGGCUGGAGUUGAUGGGUUGAGAGUUGGUAUGGGUUCCGGCUCCAUUUGCACCACGCAGGAGGUCUGUGCUGUCGGUCGAGGACAGGCAACUGCAGUGUAUAAGGUUUCAUCUAUUGCUGAAAGAAGUGGUAUUCCUGUCAUUGCUGAUGGUGGCAUUUCAAACUCCGGACAUAUUGUCAAGGCUUUGGUCCUUGGCGCUUCAACUGUAAUGAUGGGAAGCUUCUUAGCGGGAAGUAAUGAAGCUCCUGGAGCUUAUGAGUAUCAGGGUGGCCACCGCAUCAAAAAAUAUCGAGGCAUGGGCUCUCUAGAAGCAAUGAUGAAAGGGAGCGAUGCCCGAUACUUGGGUGAUACAGCUAAGUUAAAGAUUGCUCAAGGGGUUGUUGGCGCUGUUGCGGACAAAGGCUCUGUCUUGAAGUUUCUACCAUACAACAUGCAAGCAGUUAAGCAGGGUUUCCAAGAUCUUGGCGCCUCUUCCUUGCAAUCUGCUCAUGAGCUAUUACGAUCAUCAGUACUUAGGCUCGAGGUUCGUAGUGGUGCAGCACAAGUUGAAGGUGGAGUACAUGGGCUGGUUUCUUAUGAAAAGAAAUCAUUUUGACAUUUGGAGCCCUUAUGUGUGGAAUUCAAUCUAUAUCAAAUUCAUAUUUCAGCAUGGGCAGCUUACACGUUGUAAUGGAGAGGACCAGGUAGUUUUUGCGGCCAGCCUUGUCACCCAAGGCACUUGUACUCUCUUGGGAAAUUAUGAACUGCAUCCGUGUAUGGAUCCCCCUUUUUGGUGUUCCAUAUUUUUUUGAAUGGCAAGAACCCUUUUGGUGUUCCAUAAUGUGACCAGCUGGACCGUUUGUUACUUUUUGCGUGUUUUUUUUAUAAAUUUAUUGCUCGAGUGUACUAUUAAGCAGGGUUAAUAAGAGAUUGAAUGUUUUGUUGUGGUUGAAUGUUAUAUUGAGGUUGAAAGUUUGAUGCUAAA